AUGCCGAGCUGGGAUGUGACUGAUGUGACUGACAACCAAGCCAAUCAUGCUGCGACAGCCGGCAGCCUCAAGAAGCCCAGAAUCGCCCCAUCCGCAGGUGACGAAAACGGCAGCUUCGUCGAACAGGUGGUUGCAAAGGUGGGAACCGUGGGCGAGAAUGGGUCCGCGGAGGAGGUGUGUGGGUAUCAAGCUGCCUUGAGAGAGAUGGCAGAGAGAGUAUCUGAAUUGCAAAGGCGAUUUCCUCGUUGGGUGUGCGCUCCUAUGACUCCGCAGCGCAUGGCUAUUUCGACGAUCAUGCGAGACAAGAGGACGAGCAAGUCGGAGUUUGUAUUUUAUGCGGAUCGGCUGAUCCGGUUGAUCAUCGAGGAUGCCUUGAACGAGCUGCCAUACCUGAGUCGCCAAGUAGACACGCCGGUAGCUGGCCAGGUGUAUGACGGGAUUGGUUUUUCAGUCAAGAUUUGCGGCGUCUCAAUCGUACGUGCAGGCGAGUCCAUGGAGGCCGCCUUGCGUGAAGUCUGCAGGGGCUGUGUGAUUGGAAAGAUUCUGAUUCAGCGAGACGAGGAGACUUUAGAGCCGAAGCUGCUUUAUCACAAGCUACCGGCCGACGUUAGAAAACGCCACGUCCUUCUCAUGGACCCAAUGCUCGGCACCGGCGGCUCAGCCAUCCGCGCCUGCGAAGUGCUCGUUAACGAAUACGCCGUCCCGCCAAACAAAAUCAUCUUCUGCAACCUCGUAUGCGCCCCCGAAGGCCUGGCUAACCUGUUCCACCGCUUCCCCGAUAUCCGCGUUGUGACCGCCAUCUGCGAUCGUGCAUUGGACCGCGCAACCGGGUUCAUUGUGCCCGGCUUCGGCGAUUUCGGAGACCGCUACUUCGGAACAAUCUCGUCCCACCACUAA